AUUGCUCUCUAGUCUAUGGAGCUGGUCGGGAAUUCUGGGUGUGUGGUGUUGGUUGCGAACUGACAGGCCAAGAAGGUGCAGGCGGAGGCUUUGUAGGCACUGCUUAGGGGACGCCCUGUGGGUCGAGGACGACGCCGCCUGCUGGGUGCAUCUGUGCAAAGCCCUACCCGGUCCCUUGACUGUCGCCAUUUUUCUCCGCCCAGGAGCAAUGAUGGCGGCGGCUGCGCUGAGGGACCCAGCUCAGGGCAGUGUGACCUUUGAGGAUGUGGCCGUGUACUUCUCCUGGAAGGAAUGGUGUCUUCUUGAUGAGGUUCAGAUACACCUGUACCUUGAUGUCAUGCUGGAGAACUUUGCACUUGUAUGCAUGCUGGAUUCUUGGCACACAGUCAAGGAUGAAGAGACACCUUCUGAACAGAACAUAUGUGUGGAGGGAGUUUCACAGAUUAGGAACCCCAGGGCAGGUUCAUCUCCUGAGAAGGCCCAGCCCUGUAAGAUGUGUGUCCCAGUCUUGAGAGACAUUUUGCACUUGGCUGAAGAGCAAGGAGCAAAUAGGACACAGAAAGCAUACACAUGUGGGGCAUGCAGGAAACAAUUGUAUUUCACUGCAAAACUUCAACUGCACCAGAAGCAGCACAUUAGGGAGAAACCCCUCCAGUGUGAUGUGUGGAGACCCACAUUUUUGAAGAGCUUCACAGUCAAUGCAUCAGGGAUUCUCUCUAUGUACAGUGAGAUUGGGAAGGAAUUCGUGGCCAACAUGGGACUUCAGCAACAGACCGCUAAUACCAGGAUGCAAUUAAACAAAAGUAAUGAGUGUGAAGCUGUUUUUCACAACGGAAAUAUUCAUCAGAGCUGGGAAAAAGGCAAGAAAGCCUUCAGCCAUGUAAACAUACUUGUUCAGGAUGAGGAAGUCGUCACUACUGAAGGGAUUUGUGAGUUCAGCAAAUAUGGGAAAGCCUGCAACCAGAGAAGUAAUCUUAUUCAGCACCAGAAAGUUCACACCGGAGAAAAGACUUAUGAAUGCAGUGAAUGUGGAAAAUUUUUUAGCAACAAGUCCAAUUGCCUUAAGCAUAAGAGAGUUCAUACUGGAGAAAGGCCUUAUGAAUGCAAGGAAUGCGGUAAAUCUUUUAUCCAAAGGUGGAACUUCAUUCAACAUCAAAGAGUUCACACAGGAGAAAGGCCUUAUGAGUGCAGUGAGUGUGGGAAAUCUUUUACUGGUAGGUCUGGCCUCCAAUAUCAUCAGAGAGUUCACACUGGAGAAAGGCCUUAUGCGUGCAAUGACUGUGGGAAAUCCUUUAUCCAUAGAUGUCACCUUCUUAUACACCAGAGAGUUCACACUGGCGAAAGGCCUUAUGAGUGUAAAGAAUGUGGGAAGUCUUUUACUGCUCGGUCUGGCCUUCGAAAUCAUCAGCGAUUUCAUACUGGAGAAAGGCCUUAUGAAUGCAAGGAAUGUGGUAAAUCUUUUAUCCAAAGGUGUAACUUCAUUCAACAUCAGAGACUUCACACAGGAGAAAGGCCUUACGAGUGCAGUGAAUGUGGGAAAUCUUUUACUGGUAGGUCUGGCCUCCAUUAUCAUGAGACUGUUAAUGCUGGAAAAAGCCCUUAUGAGUGCAGGGAAUGUGGGAAAUCUUUUACAGCUAGGUGUGGCCUCCAUUGUCAUCAGAGAGUUCAUAGUGCAGAAACGGCUUAUAAUUGCAGUCAGUAUGGUAAAUCAUUUACCCAAAGGCACCACCUCAAUGCCUUUAUGAAAAUCCACACUGGAGGAAUGCUUUAUGAGUGCAACAAUUGUGAUAAAUCUUUUGUCCAGAGGUGCCACUUGAUUCAACAUCAGAGAGUUCACACAGGAGAAAGGCCUUUUGAGUGCAAAGAAUGUGGUAAAUCUUUUAUCCAAAGGUGCAGCUUCCUUAAUCAUCAGAGAGUUCACAGUGGAGAAAAGCCUUAUGAAUGCAGCCAAUGAGGAUGCCACUGGGCUUGGAGGAGUUUGCAGUGGUAACAGAAUGGGAGGAACUGGUGUGGUCAUUGUGCAACAAAUGGACUAUUUGCACAGAGGAAACUUGGAGUGAGAGAAUGGGUUUCAUCUGCUUCUGAACUCCCAGCAACUGACAGGGAUUUGGGAAACAGUGCUAGGUUGACUGGUUCCAGGCAUGAAAAGUCUGGUCUCAGUGAUACUCUUUCACUCUGUAUCCAGCUUUGGGGAAUCAAAGAACACUUUGUCCAUUUUGAUACCCUGUUACCACCCCCCACCCCCAAGAGGCCUGCUUAUAACCACCCUGCCCCCCAUCACAUGGGACUGGACAGGACUAUUGUUUCAUUACGAACAAAUGUUGAUGGCUUUCCUAUGAAGGAUCCCAUGUAUGUACUUGAUAAUGCUCUGGUUCUACUAACUCCAUGCCACAGGUUGGUAGUGAAUCUGGGACAGCCAAAAUUGAGGGAAAGACUCGAAUUUCGGAUGCAGAUGUGACCCAGUCCCAGGACAGAGCAAAGUAAUCAAUGACAUACUCCACAUUAACGGAAGGAUAAAGAUCACAUGAUCAUCUCAAUAGACACAGAAAAAGCAUUUGAAAAAAUUUAGCAUUCAAUCAGGAUGAAAGUCAUCCAGGUGGGUAUAGAGGGAACAUAUCUCAAUAAAGGCCAUUUAUGAGAAACCCGCAGCAAACAUACUAAGUGGUGGAAAGCUGAAAGCCAUUCUCCUAAAUUCAGGAACAAGAGUAGGAUGCUCACUCCCACCACUAUUUCACAUAGUAUUGGAAGUCCUAGCCACAGCAAUCAGACAAGAAAAAGAAAUAAAAGGCACCUAAAUUGCAAGGAAGAGGUAAAACUCAGUUUGCAGAUAACAAGAUAGUUUACCUAGAAAACCCUAAGGUGUCCACCUCAAAACUCUUGGAACUAAUUAAGUAAUUAAUCAAAGCUAUAGGAUAUAGUACAAAUAUCCAGACAUCUGUUGCAUUUCUAUAUACUAGUAAUGAACUGUCACAAAGAGAAAGUAAAAAAACAAAACAUUUCAAGUCUCAUCAGAAAAAAUAAAAUACCUAGUAACAAAUUAACUGAGGGGUGAAAGAAAACUACAGAACAUUGAAGAAGGAAGUUGUAGAUAAUACAAAGGAAUGGAAAGUUAUUCUACGCUCUUGGAUUGGAAGAAUUAAUAUUGUUAUAAUGACCAUACUAUGCAAAGCAAUUGUGAAAUGGAAUGAAGACAUAAUGAAUGAGUUGAGUUAGAAAAAGUAUCUAAUGGGAUACAAAUGAAGAGCUCAUCUCUAUUGUCAUAUUUGUUCAGUGUCUCAACAGAUACUUAGAGCAGCAAUCUUGUGAGUAAGGCACAUUCUACUACAUGGGAUAUAUUCAUGCCCAAGACAUAAAAAGAAGUCAUUCCUAGUGGAAGUAACAUUGUAUAUGAUGGAAACUGCACCUAAGUAAUUAGAUUUUAUGGAAUAUUAGAAUGAGAUGCUCCUAUGAAAGAAAGAGGAGAAAAAGAGCAAGAUACAGUGGAGGAAAAACAGGGGUUUGGGAUGGGUUGAAAGAGCAAAAAAGGGUAUCCAGAAUAGGAUUUUGGUGAAGAUAGACAGUUGUGAAAAGAUUGAAUUGAGAUAAGGACAGCUUUCUUCCCACUUUUUGAAUUGUUAUAUAUUCAUUUUCUUGCUUUAUUGCAAUAGAGAACCUGUAGUAUAUUAGUGAAUACCAGUGCAAUGCAGAGAACUUCCUUCCUACUGAUGUGAAGUGUCCUAUUUAGGUCCUUUAUACCUAAUCUUCCCAGUCCAGAACUACACACAAUAUCACAGAAUACAUUCAUUUCUUAUCUCUCUUUAAUGUCCAUUAUUGUGAGACAGUUGCUCUGAUUUCCUUCAAGUUGUUUUCCCUUGCUGUUUUUUAAGGAAUGCAUGCCAACUAUUUUGUGAAAGUUCCCUCACUUUGAAUACAGUAAGAUAUCCAUAUAAAUAGAUUGAGAUUAUGUGGUAUUUUUGUUUUUAUUGUUGCUGUUUUGCUUCUGUCCAAGAUAAUACAGAAGUGCUGUCUUGUCCUUUUCAGUGUACCAUAUCAGGAAACACAAGAUGUCUGUUUUCCCAGUAUUGGUGAUGUUUCUGUUGAUUACUUCUUUAUGGUGAUCUCCUUUGGAUUUCGUUCUUACUACUCUGGGAUGCUGAGGAAGGGGUGUAGCAAGACAGUGUGAUCAUCUGUUUCUAAAUCUCUCUCUGGUUUCUGGGUGGAGAGGGGACUUAGGAGGAAGAAUUGAUGUAGGAGAGAGAACAAUUCUCUGUGUAGUUGGGAGUCUUAUGAUGAUAGCCUGGCCUAGGAUGAUGUCCUUGGAGAUGGUGAGGAGAGGAUGACCUGGGACACAUUAGGAGGCAGAGCUGGCAGGAUGUGUGCAUAAUUGACAUGUGGGGUGAGCCCCCAAGAAUGAUUUUUUUUCCCCUUCACUCCUCAAGCGCAGGCCCUUGCAUCUGUGGGCCUGAGGGUCUUAGCCUGCUGUGUUUGGUUUCUGGAUCAGCUGUGAGCUAUGUUGAGUAAUUUAAGCCAAAGUUUCCAAUGUCUGGGACACAGAAUAGGCAGGAGUGCUCCCUGACCCCAUGAUGGUUAUUUGGGUAGAUGAUUUUACAUUACCUUGCUUUCUUUGGGCCUGCCAAGGUUAGAUGAGACUGGAUAGGAAGCCUUGUGCGGCAGUGGUGUAUAUCUGUAGUAUCUGCAUCUACAGUGUAACAAGGCAGAGCCAAAUCUGACUACAUGUUGGAUCUGUUUCUUUUACUCUAACCUUUGCUUCCCACUGCUUUUGUUCAGUAGAAGGAUACUGUCUAUACAUAAUGGCCUGCCUCAGGGAACCCUGCCCCUCUGCCUGAAUGUUAAACCAAAGUGCCAUUGUUCAGGGAAGCAUGCCGACCUUGUUCCACCUGUGGUUGGCUGCAAGAAAGAUGAAAUUCAAACGUCCCCUCCCCAAUGCUGGCCAUUCCAGGGGAUAUUUUCAAAAGUUACGGCCAAUUUACUUUACUUUCUCAUCUCCUUCCCCUCUGUGUGCUAUAAGAGAAAUUGGCAUCUGAAGUCCAAUAAGAUGGUUAUUUUGAGACUUUAGUCUGCCUUCUUCUCAGUCUGCUGGCUUUCUGAAUAAAGUCAUAUUCAGUGCCUCAACAUUUCAUCUCUGUUUUAUUGGCCUGUCAUGCUGCAAGCAGAGUGAACUUGGACUCAGUAACAAAUUUGGUGAGCCAUCCAGGAGCCUUGCUGCUCUUGGCUAGCAGUGUGCCCUCAGGGAACAUUGGGGCAAGGCCCUUGCAGCUGCCAGGACCAUUUGUCCUGAAGAUCUUCCCUUCAAAAUUCCCUGAAGUGGCACUGGCUACCCCAGCACUUGGCAGUUGAAGCAAGGAACCAACCAACUUCUGCGAGUCCUCAAACUCCAUUUUGUAGGCUAAGUCUACCCAAUUUAUUUGUUUUGGUCUUGGCCUUAUUUUGGUUUUUUUUAUCUUUCUGUUGCAAGCUGACGGACUCAAUUUUGUAGAGUCACUCUGACGUGCACACCAGGAACAUAUUCCCCUCUCAGUUUGGGCUUUUCCUUGAUGGGAGAAGCCAAUUUGUUUGAUUGAGGUACACUGUUGGAGGGGGAAUUCUUGUUUGGACUCUACCUGAUUUGGAGCUGGUUUGUUCAGAACUAGUUCAUUUGUUUCAUAGGGUAAGUCUAUCCAAUUUGGGAACUAGUUAGGUGGUUUGUAGGGUAAGUCUACCCUCUUCAGGAACUGGCUUGUUGGUUUUGGUCUUUGUUUUGUGUGCAUUGAUGCUAGAACUUGGGCAUUUUGUGUUGGAAUUUGUUUGUAUCUUUUGUAUUUUGGUGUUAUGGAACUUAUAAAAAUUGGAAAUACUCCAUCUAUCCCGAAUGAGAGCCCUUUGGGGUAUAUAUUAGAUAAGUUGGUGAAAAAUAGCUGUGAGCCUAUGACUGAGAAAGACAUGAUGUACUAUUAUAAUAGGGUGUGGACCCAAUAUUUAAGAUCAGAAGAGUGAUGUCCCCUGAAUGGCUCACUGAAUUCUUAUAUGCUUUCACAGUUAGAAGUGUUUUGCAAAAGAGCAGGCUGCACUGGCAGUAUCUCCAACUUCCCACACACACCCCCCCACCCCCCUGCCACUGCCAUUGUAUUCACUGUCUCCUGUUUUCCCUACCCAUGGGGAUUAAAUAGAAAUUUCUAUGUUAACCUCUGGAGCACAGGAGGCUUAUUUUGUAUCAUCAUCUAAGACCCAACAGGGCACCCAGUUUGGACUGGGAGCCACUUCUGUAGCAAGGUAAUUUCCCUUGCACUGACAUCUUGAAAGAGGCCAGGGGACUCCCUUAGACUUGAGGCAUCAGAUUCUAAUUUCCCCACAGGAGCCCCAGGUAGUUUUGACAGUGGUGAACAAGUUGAUUGAUUACUUUCCCUAUUUAUCUUAAGAGGCUUGUAAAUAUUAAGGAAAAGGGGGGGGAGAUUAAAAAAGGGGAAACAAAGUCACCCUAUGGAAAACUUGCCUGUACCUUUUCAGUGCAAAUGUCCUAUCUGAUCUUCUCAGGUACCCUCAUCUCUGCCAUCUUUUUAAAAUGCAAACUUUGAAAAGAGGGUAAAGUAAUUUAGAAAUUGACUUGUCAAGGAUAAAUAAAAAAUCUAAAUGUCUUUUCUAUAAAAAUUCAGCCAUCCUGACAAGUGGGCUUGAUUUGUGCCAUCUGCCAGAAAUUUAAUUUUAAUUCAACCUCUUUUUGUAAACUGAUGAGUUUUACGUUGCUGAACUUGACUCAGGGCUGAAAUAUUGAAAUGAAAACUAUGAUGUCUCUCUGUCCUUGUAUGUCUCUUUGUCUUUGGAUAACAUUGCUGAGAUUGAUUUGUGGAUGAGCUAUGUUUAAUUGACUUAAAGAAAAACAAGCACUUACAAACCAAACAAUUGUAAAUAUAAGAAAAAUUAAGCUAAAUGAGUUUCAGGUUCUCAUGAACUGAGACACAUUCAGUAUUAAUGUUUGUUGAUGUCAGUCAUCAACAUUAUGUAUAAUACUUCUAUUGUGCCUAGUUUUAAUACAAGCUAAAUAAAAUCUUGUUAUAUCUGUUGCAAAUUUGUCAGCAAGCAAAAUAACUUGAUGUGAAGAAAUUUUAAGGAAAGAAAAUGCAAAUGAGAUAAGACCUUUAGGUGAAUUUUAAAAAUAAUUAUUUUUAGGGAUGUCUAUCUAAAAUUAAUCUUUCCAUACAUUUGACAACUUGAAAGAAUUGUGCUAAAAUAAACUUAGUGAUUGAAGGUUUGUGGAAAAGAGUUUUGCACGUGGUCAGGAUUGACUAAGUUUAAGAUAAGUUUAAUUGAGUAAGUAAAUUUUAAAAGUAAGCUGGUGCAAAACUUGAUUUGGCUUUUCUCUUUGUUAAGACGGGGUUUCUUAUGAUUUUGAACUGCCUUUGAUAGCAAAUUUUAAGUUUCUGUACGUUUUAAGUGCUCUCUUCUGUAUUUGCCUUUGAAAUCUUUUAUUGUUAUUUCAGCUAAGUGAAUACUGUUGCUUUACAAUGACCUGUGAUCCUAUCUGACUGUUUUAAACGCUUUUGAUAUUUUUUUGACAAAACAUCCCAAAUCAAAUUAUAACGAAGUUUCUUUGACCUCUAGCUAACUUCAAAGGGCCCCUGAAACACAUCAAAGAGAGAUAUUAACUAAUUACGUUCACUUGGUAUGUUAAAUUACAUGGAAGAUGUUGUCAAAUAAGUAAUAAAUCUUCUUAGAUUAUAUUGUAUGGUAAAUGAUACAGGUAUUCUAGAGUGUAUAUGGAGUUCUUAAAAUUUGAUAUGUCCUAUCAGUCAUAAUUCUAGUUAUUAUCUGAAAGUAUUGCAUGUCACUGCAGUAGCCACAUUACUUUGUCAGUUGCAUUGUAGUCAGAUUUUAACAUGCCUUCUUAAGUCUUUCGUGAUUAUAGACAGUUAUGGUUUCACUCUGAUGGCUUUGCAAAUAUACUUCCUCUUCAAGAAGAUUUAUAGAAAGGAGCUUUGGCUAAAUACAAGUUUCUGACUUUCAGACCAUCAUGCUGAGCUGGGUAAAAAAAUUGAAGAAUCCUAAUGGGAAACCUGAUGACUUCAUAAAGCUAUUAACAAGAAGGAUUAGUUACAUAACACUGAGUAAACUGGUGAAUAUGGUUAUAAUUUUUAUGGUUUCCAUCUGAAAAAUGACUUGUUUAAAUCUGUGUUUUCCAGGUGUAUGGAAAAUCUUCCCCUUAAACUAAUUACAACUUAUGGUAAUUUGGUGAAUGAUAUAUCUUUGUAAGCCAAAUUAUAUUCUAUGUCUCCUUGCUGCGCUAUGUCUUUGUCAAUGUUACUAGCUACAUUACAUCCAGUCUUUUAUAAGAUUAUUGUCUCUUACAGUACCCAGUGUGUAACCAGGCUUCCAACAAAAUAUCUAUGGUUAAACAUCUUGAGGAAACAGAUUACAUUUAUAACAUAAAAUAAUUGCAAUAGUGUGAUUCUAGGCAUGGGAAGCAGCAACAAGGGAAAAUGUCUCCUGGAUCAUAGGUAGAGGACCCAGAGACUCUUUAAUUAUCGAUAGAGUCUAAUCAAAAAACUAUCAUCAGGAAUGGAAUAUCAAGAAUUUUUGCCUGAUUUGGGAUGAGCCUCUAAGUGUGUGGGACAAAAUUUGAUCAUUAAAUAUCUCCCAAAUAUUGGCCAAAAUUCUGACCAAGAGGAGAGGAUCUGAGACAUGGAAGAUUCCCUGCCACAUCAGUCAUCAGUGAUUACAGCCCUCUAACAUGAGCUGGUGAACCCUGAAGAGACUCAGGAUAUGAGAACACAAAGUACAGGUGCCAGAUAGCUGAGGUGCAUAUCAAGAGAGUUAUUUCAGUGAGCCCAGACUCUUGCAUUUUCCCACACAUGGAAGAGCACUAAAUUCCUCCUGGGCUUGAAGCCCUCAAAAUUCCUGCUGAAUAGAUCAUAACUCUCAACUUUUAGGUUGUGAGUAUUUUUUUAGGUUUAUAGGUGUAAAAGAGACACUUUCCAGAGAGGAACAAAAGAAACAACACUUGGAACACUGGCAUCGAUGGUGGGCACUCCUAGAAAGAUCCAUAUGAUGAAACAAUUACAACGGUUGUCACUCCUUUUUCCACAAGAUUGUGGAAUGGACAUUGACAGUGGGGAAUUGUGACAGGGAAGAGCCAAAAGAAAAAGUCUCUUUCUUUUACUUUAACCUUUGCUUCCCACUGCUUUUGUUCACUAAAAGCAUAUUGCCUAUACAUAAUUGCCUGCCUUGGGGAACACUGCCCCUCUGCCUGAAUGCUAAACCAAAGUGCUUUUAUUCAGGGAAACAUCCAGACCCUGUUCCACAUGUGGAUGGCUGCAAGAAAGAAGAAGUUAACACAUCCUCUCCCCAGUGCUGGCCAUUGCAAUGGGUAUUUGCAAAAGUUAUGGCCUUUUUACUUUACUUCCUCAUCUCCUCCCCAUCUUUGUGCUGUAAAUGUAACUGGCAUCCAAACCCUAAUGAGAUGGUUAUUUUGAGACUUUAGUCUGCCAUCUUCUCUGUCUGCCUGCAUUCUGAAUAAAGUCAUAUUCCUUGCCUCAACACCUUGUCUCCAAUUUAUUGGCCUGUCAUGCAGCUAGCAGAGUGAGCUUGGACAUAGUAACAGUAGGUGUUUGAGGCUGCUAGAGAACUUUAUUCUUUGAAUAGAAAGUCAAAAUUUGGCCUCAAACUUCACUUGAUGAAAAUUAAAUCCCUUGCUAAGGUUGUUUAGGGCCAUCCAAAAGUAUUGACAGCUACUUUGAAUGUUUAUCUCAAACCAUUUAAUGCAAUAGUU